GAUCAUCGAGAGAGCUCUGUCCACGGCCAUCUCCACUUGCCGGCUGAGAGUAGAACGAGAAGAAACGUCGUUCAUCGAAAGGAGCAACUUUUACCCGGCCAGCGUACCAGAAAGAUGCCUUCAGAGACGGAGAAAAAAGAAACAUAUUAGGGGAAUCUACCUACUUAUGGUAGUCACAUUGAAAUCAUUGGGUGGACCAGUUGUGUCUGCUUGGCCAUUUCCCCGGAUUAGAUGUCUUGAAGAAAGAAACUCUUGGACUCAAAGUGAACGGACGAUCUGAUUGCGUUGCAUCAUGCUUGGAAUUUUGAGUUGCCUCGUCUUGGUCGGCUUGACCUCGUCAGUCCACGGAGGUCAACGGGGAAGUUGUUUGGAGGCUACCCGAUGUUGUCCCGGUCGUGACUCGUCCUGCAUAGUGAACGGCCUCCAAUCCUCGGGCAGAUAUGUGGACACGCCUUGCUAUUGUGACGAGGGGUGUCUCGAGACCGGAGAUUGUUGUACCGAUUAUAAAGAGGCCUGUUCGGUCAAAGUGCGGGAUUGCUCCGUGUCCAGUUGGUCGGUAUGGUCAACGUGUGACAGCUCUUGUGGACCCGGGAUCCAGACUCGAACCCGACUGAUUACGACCCAUCCAUCGCCGGGCGGAAAAUCCUGUGAUCCUUUGGAACAGAAGCGGACCUGUUUGGGUGGAAGAUGCGACAGGAAGUACUGGAAAUACAAGAGUCCAAUUAGGGAAACGGCUGGUCUUUUACCCGUGAAAUUCUACCGAAAAGUUUUGUCGGCCAAGAAGGAUUGGGAUGUCCGCGAAAAUCUGUUCCUUCACUCCAAGAAACUGGCUGAUACCACCCAAGAGAAGUCUGAGAAUUACUGGGAGAAUGAAAUCGAGGAUGGCUACCAAGCGGACCAACCCAGUGGAUCCAACUUUGAACUGACUGCCACUGAUCAGAGCUACUGUACAGUGUUCGAGCUGGUGAAGACCACAAAAGCCUGCCAGAAUGACAAGGACUUCUUCAAAAUGCAAAAAGGUCGUCGAAUGUGCGCCUUGUGCCCGGAGGAUGCCAAACGCGAGAGCUUGGGUAAUCGGUGUAAAGGCCACGGUGUGGACUAUCAACUCACCCGAUGGAGGUCCACGGUGUUCCCCAAAUGUCACGGUCAAUGGCAGAGGAUAUAUGAGACAAGGGAUUGUCCGUGCAAAAAUGGGGCGGACUUCAUUUUCGUUUAAGGCACAGCAGACACUUCCAUCCGACGACCUUCCCGCAAGGUUGAUUGAUCUCCUCUUCUUUCGUUGGCCGUCUAAUAAUAAAUUGAACGAACGAUCACGAAACAAAAGACCGCUCGCAACUUGGAGAGGAGGAGAAUCCCAUCACGAAGUUUGAUGUUUUAUAUGAUCCUAUGCAGCUUGAAAGACUUCUCGAGUGUUUGUGUUGGGCGUGCUCUCACGCCUACCUUGACAGAGCAAAACUGGUACAAACAAAAUCCCAUACUAUGCUAAUCCCAAUCAAAAGAAAUUUGUGUUCACAUUAUGGAUUGGAUUUAUCUCGUUUCAUACCGAUGCUAUCUGCCCGGUUAGAUCAUCUUUGUACCAAUAUUACUAAUCACAUGUGUCUGUGUGCUAAAACAAAUGCCGUGAAUAAAGUAACCUAGAGUA